AUGGAAAAGAGGUUCAAAGUGUGGGUAUAUAAUGAAGGAGAGCCACCAUUGUUUCACAGAGGACCCUUGAAAGACAUUUAUGCUAUUGAAGGCCACUUCAUCGACAAAUUAGAGAAUGGAAAGAGUCCGUUUCUUGUACGCCACCCUGACGAGGCGCACACCGUCUUCAUCCCCGUUGGCAUUGCAAAGAUUAUUCGAUAUCUAUACACUCCCCGACUGGAUUACGACCGCUGGUGCCUCCAAAGCGUCGUUACUGAUUAUAUAAGUGUCAUAUCGAAUAGAUAUCCGUACUGGAACAGAAGCGCUGGAGCUGAUCAUUUCUUUGUGGGUUGUCAUGAUUGGGACCAGAUGUUUCAACUGCCAGUCCUAAGUUGUAUAAAAACCUUAUCAGAGUGUUAUGCAAUGCCAAUAUUACAAGGUUUCCAGCCAGCAAGAGAUGUUUCAUUGCCUGAAAUUAAAGUCCCUUCGAAAGCAUUGGGACCACCCGAUGUUAGGCAGGCCUCCACCAAUCAUCGUCCGAUUUUUGCUUUCUUCGCCGGAGGACCUCAUGGUGGAUGGGAGGUGGCAAGUCCGAGGUUGAUUGAAUCCAUGCACGCCGGAUGUGUACCAAUGAUCAUUUCCAAUGGCUACGUUCUGCCAUUUAGUGAUGUUCUUGACUGGAGCAAAUUUUAUGUACAUAUUCCGGUGGCUCGGAUACCGGAGAUUAAGACAAUCUUGGAAGGGAUUUCCAUAGAUGAUUACUUGAAAAUGUAG